AUGAAUGCUGAAAGAAGUUGGAUGUAUGCCCGUCUCAGAGAUGGUUUACUGAAUCCCAGAUAUUUAGAGGGUAUCAAUGAAUUUAUAGAGAAGGCUAAGACCUGCACAGAAUAUUUAAAUGGCGAUCAGAUUCGUUGUCCUUGUAAUCGAUUUAAGUGCCAAAACCGUAGCUUUCAAGAUGAAAAUACAGUUAAAUAUCAUUUAAUGAAGCAUGGUUUUGUGCAAAAUUAUCUUGUUUGGUAUUUGCACGGUGAAACUGAAGUGCAUGACGGAUAUGGUGAUACAGAUUUAGACAUGUCUUAUGGUUCUGACAGUGUUAAUCACCCAAAUUUCAAUCGUUUUGAGGACAUGGUCAUGGAUGCAACAAGCUGUCAUGUAAUGCAUAAUGAUACAUAUGAGAUGCCAAACUCGGCUGCACAGAAACUGUAUGAUAUGUUAAAUGCAUCUAAGCAACAACUAUGGCCUGGAUGUGAAACUCACUCCCAGUUAUCAGCUGUUUCACGUUUACUAAAUCUGAAGGCUGAACAUCAUUUCUCAGAACGGUGUUUUGAUCAGAUUUAUGAACUCAUGAAGGAGAUGUUACCGAGUGACAAUGUCAUGACGGACAGCUUUUACUCAACAAAGAGACUAGUCCGAGGAUUGGGGCUUCCUGUACAAAAGAUACACUGUUGUGUGAAUGGUUGUAUGAUUUAUUGGGAAAAUGAUAAAGAACUUACACGAUGCAAAUUUUGUGACCAUGAAAGGUUCAAACGCCUGAAGCACACCUUGGGGAAAGGGAAGAGUCAAAUACCAUACAAAAAGAUGUAUUACUUCCCCAUUACACCACGUUUGCAAAGACUUUAUGCGUCCUGUGUUACAGCUAAGUAUAUGACUUGGCACAAUGACCAUGCAACUGAGGAUGGGGUGAUGCGACACUGUUCAGAUGCUCCUGCUUGGAAGCAUUUCAACCAAACUCAUCCAACCUUCGCACUGGAGGCCCGAAAUGUCAGACUUGGCCUUUGCACUGAUGGAUUUCAACCAUUCGGUCAAUUUGGGCAACAGUAUUCUUCAUGGCCAGUAAUACUAACUCCAUACAAUUUGCCACCAGGGUGGAGCACAGCAGGACGCACUGCAUAUCCUUAUUGUAUGGAAAACACAGAUGCAUUUACAUUACGAAGGGGAGGUAAACAAACAUGGUUUGACAGUCAUCGGAAGUUCUUGCCUGACGACCACCCUUUCCGUCGAAACAAGACAUCUUUUAUUAAAAACAAAUGUGUAUCCAAGUCACCGCCGCCAAUUAGAACUGGAGAAUACUUGCUAAAAGAAAUUGAGCAAAUUGGGUUGAGGCGGGUUAUAGACAUUGACAGUCAUGAAAUAAAUUGUCGGCUUUCAAAGAGAACUGGUUGGCGUAAGCGGAGCAUAUUAUGGGAUUUGCCAUAUUGGUCUUCAAAUAUGAUUCGCCACAAUCUUGAUGUAAUGCACAUUGAAAAGAAUGUAUUUGAAAAUAUUUUUAAUACAGUUAUGAAUGUGGAGGGGAAGACAAAAGACAAUAUAAAAUCAAGGGAAGAUUUAAAUGAAAUUUGCAGGAGACCAGAAUUGAAGAAAGAUCCAAUUAGCGGGAAAUAUCCAAAAGCAUGUUAUUGUUUGGAUAACCAAUCGAAGAUGAUACUGUGUGAUUGGCUUAAAACACUCAAAUUCCCUGAUGGAUAUGUUUCCAAUCUAGGGAGAUGUGUUGAUAGUCGGAAGCUUAGACUUUUUGAUAUGAAAAGCCACGACUGUCAUGUUUUCAUGCAACGAAUUCUUCCUAUAGCUCUCAGAGAGUUCUUACCAAAUAACGUUUGGCAACCAAUAACAGAGCUUAGCAAUUUCUUUAGAGAACUCACCUCAACUACACUUACUAAUGGGGACAUGCAACGGUUAAAUGAACAAAUUCCUGUGAUCCUUUGUAAGCUUGAACGAGUUUUUCCUCCAAGUCUGUUUGAUUCAAUGGAACAUUUACCAGUACACCUUGCAUAUGAGGCAUUAAUUGCAGGACCAGUACAAUAUCGGUGGAUGUACCCAUUUGAGAGGUACUUGAGAAAGUUAAAGAACAAUAUUAAAAAUAAAGCAAGGGUUGAAGGUUCAAUGUGCAAUGCUUACUUGGUAGAAGAAGCAAGUGCAUUUUCUGCUCAUUACUUUCAAGCACAUGUAAUGACCAGACAUCGAAAGGUUCCACGCAACUUGCAUGAAUUUGUCUCUGAUGAUGACAUACCGGGUAAAUUAAGCAUAUUCAAAUGCACAGGUAGAACUAUCGGAAAAGGAAAAUCCAGAUAUAUGACUAAAGAUGAAAUCCAAGCUGCUCAAACAUAUAUUCUAUUAAAUUGUCCAAAGGUUAAAACAUAUAUUGACAUUUAUGUGGAGCGAGUAAAGUCGACACAAUCAAAUAUCACAGAUGCAGCUGUUGAUGAAAAACUAGAGAGAGACUUUGUCAAAUGGUUUUACAAGUAUGCCCAUGAAUUGCCAAACAAUGUACAAAAUCAGCUUAUACAAGAUGUGGCAAAGGGACCACUCAGAAGUGUCACCACUUUUAAUGGGUAUUGUGUUAAUGGAUGUAAAUUCAACACAAUCAAUGGAAGUUCAAGUAGUAACUCAAUGAAUUUUGGUGUAUGUAUAAAAGGGAGUAAUUACAGUUCUGAAGAGAGCGACUACUAUGGACAGUUGGUCGAGGUGUUACGAUUGGAGUAUCCAGGGCUACCAAUUAAGCGGACUGUACUUUUCAAAUGUGACUGGUUUGAUCCAACACCAAGUACGGGCACCAAGGUGCAUAGACAGUAUAGAAUUAUUGAUAUUAACAAUAAGCGUAGAUACAGUAAGUACGAGCCAUUUGUAUUGGCCUCUCAGGCAACACAAGUCGUUUAUGCUUCAUACCCGAGCAAGCGUCGUGACAAAAAUGAUUGGUGGACUGUGAUGAAAGUUAAAGGUAGACCCGUUGUUGAAAUUAUGCUGAAGUAA